AUGAAGAAAGAAAUAGCUGACUUUGUGUCCACAUACUUAGUUUGCCAACAGAUUAAAGCAGAACAUCAACAUCCAACAGGAAAGCUACAACCGCUCUCUAUUCCGGAAUGGAAGUGGGAACACAUUACUAUGGAUUUUGUUUCAGGGUUACCUCGUACUUCGUGUGGACAUAAUGCAGUAUGGGUGAUAGUUGAUAGGUUAACCAAGUCAGCACACUUUUUGCCUGUCAGGAUGGAUUACUCUUUAGACAAGUUAGCAGAGAUCUAUGUCAGUGAGAUUGUAAGACUUCAUGGUGCUCCAGUUUCUAUUGUUUCAGAUAGAGAUCCAAGAUUCACUUCUCGUUUUUGGCCUAGUUUGCAAAAUGCGUUAGGCACUAAGUUGAAGUUUAGCACUUCCUUUCACCCUCAGACUGAUGGUCAAUCAGAAAGAACUAUCCAGACCUUGGAAGAUAUGCUGAGAGCUUGUGUGAUGGAGUUGAAAGGAAGUUGGGAUAGGUAUGUGCAAUUAAUGGAGUUUUCUUAUAAUAAUAGUUAUCAUUCGAGUAUCGGCAUGGCUCCUUACGAAGCUUUGUAUGGGAGGAGAUGCAGAACACCAUUGUGUUGGAAUGAGGUAGGGGAAAGACAAUUAGAAGGUCCAGAAUUAGUGCAACACACGCCAGAUAACAUUCAGAUGAUCAGAAAUCGAUUAAAAGCAGCACAAGACAGACAGAAGAGUUAUGCAGAUCUAAAGAGAAGGGAUAUUGAAUAUAAUGUUGGCGACAAGGUAUUCCUAAAGAUCUCUCCUUGGAAAGGGGUUGUACGUUUUGGUAAACGUGGAAAAUUGAGUCCGCAAUUCAUAGGACCAUAUGAGAUUUUAGAGAGAAUUGGACCAGUUGCUUAUCGUUUAGCACUACCUCCAGAGCUAUCUCAGAUUCAUGAUGUCUUCCAUGUAUCCAUGUUAAGGAGAUAUAAAAGUGACCCUUCCCACAUCCUCCAGAAACAGCCUAUCGAGUUGAGGGAAGACUUAACAUAUGAAGAAGAGCCAGUAGAGAUCAUUGCCAGAGAAGAGAAGGUUUUAAGGAGCAAGAUAAUACCCCUGGUUCAAGUUCGAUGGAGUAAUCAUUAUGCUAAAGAAGCUACCUGGGAAAAAGAAGAGAAUAUGCGAAUUCAAUUUCCACAUUUGUUCCCUCCACCAGUCUCUCAACCUAUAGACUCUGCUUGUUUCAACACAAUUACAGAGGAUACAACACAACUUUGGCAUCAUCGAUAUGGGCACCUAAGCUUUCAAGGCUUGAAUCUUCUUCAACAAAAAGACAUGCUAGUCCAUGAUGAUAUUUGUGGGCCAAUCACGCCAAUUUCCAACAGCAACAAGAGGUAUUUGCUCACUUUUAUUGAUGAUUUCAGCAGAAAAUUAUGGGUGUAUUUUUUGAUUGAAAAGUCAGAAGCUCUUGAUGUUUUUAAGAAAUUUAAAGCUAAGGUUGAAAAAGAAACAAAUCAGUUUCUUCAAAGCUUGCGCACUGACCAUGGUGGGGAAUUUACAUCACAAGAUUUCACUAAUUUUUGUGAUGUAAAUGGUAUAAAUAGACAAUUGACAGCUGCAUACUCGCCGCAACAAAACGGAGUCGCUGAACGGAAGAAUAGGACCAUCAUGAACAUGGUUCGCAGUAUGCUUUUAGGAAAGGAUAUUCCAAAGACCUUUUGGCCUGAAGCUGUUAAUUGGGCAGCACAUGUUUUGAACCGGAGUCCAACCUUAGCAGUGAAAGAUCAAACACCCGAGGAAGCAUGGAGUGGAGUGAAACCUUCAAUUGAGUAUUUUAGAGUUUUUGGUUGCAUUUCACAUGUUCAUGUUGCAGAUAAUAAAAGAACUAAGCUGGACAGCAAGAGUUUGCCUUGCGUUUUGUUGGGUGUAAGUGAAGAAUCAAAGGCUUACCGCCUUUAUGAUCCUACUUCAAAUAAGAUCAUUGUAAGCCGUGAUGUUGUGUUUGAAGAAGACAAAAGCUGGGAAUGGAACAAGAAAAAUGAAGAAAUUGCUGUACGUGAUUUGGAAUGGGGUGUUGAUGAAGAGGAGCUCAAUGAUGACACAGAAGCUGAUCCUAUUUUCAGCACUGCAGAAGGAAGUGAUCUGAUCCUAAUGAAGCAAAUCUUCUCUCUGAUUCAGAUCAAGCAAGAACAAGGGUCCCACCAGUCUGGAUGA